AUGCAUGAUGCUUCGCCAUCACUUGAUGGGCCCUCCAACCUCAGCUUGAAAAUCCUUAUCGUGGGAGGAGGAAUUGGCGGCUUGACGGCAGCAAUAGCUCUGCGAGAACAAGGGCACGAAGUCGAUAUUUAUGAGCAGUCGCAGUUUGCAAAUGAGGUCGGAGCUGCCAUCCAUAUCGUACCGAAUGCAAACAGUGUUUUACAGCGUCUCGGGAUUAUGCACGAGGAAGAGGGGGCUAUCCGAUUGCGGCAGACCAGGUUCUUCAAAUCCACCGGGGAACUACUCUCCACAACAAAUAAUGAAGCCGAUAGUUAUCAUUGGCAAAAGCCAUGGCUGCUAGCUCACCGAGCCCAUCUUCAUUCUCACCUAAAGAGGGUGGCAACCUCUACCAAGGGAAGGGGGCCACCAGCGCGGCUACAUACUUCUUCCAGGAUCAUCACUGUCGACCCAUUGACAGCAACGAUCAAGUUUACGAAUGGAGAUCAAGCUCAGGGUGACCUAAUUGUUGGUGCUGACGGUGUUCAUUCAAGAUGCAGACUUGCGAUAGCUGGACCGGAAUACCGCCCCCAGAAGUCCGAUCGGAGCGCUUUCCGUUUUAUGGUACCCACAGAGGCUGUUCUAGCUGAUCCGGAGACUCGAUCACUGGCUGAGGUACGGGGCUCAAUGGAUAUGUACUAUGCCGUUGAUCGAAAGGCGGUAAUUUAUCCUUGCGCCCAUAACACAUUGCUCAACUUCGUCUGCCUCCAUCCGGCUGCAUUGUCAGAUGCUUCGGCUGAAACCUACGACAAAACGGUCCGAAUAGAAGCCCUUCUGCACGUCUACAAGGAGUUCAGCCCCCAAUUGCUGAAAGUUUUCCAGAAAUGUGAUCCAGAAUCCCUCAAAGUAUACCCUCUUUUCGACGUGGAGACCCUUCCAACUUUUAUCAAUGACCGAUUGGUUCUGAUUGGUGACGCUGCACAUCCUUUUACACCGCACUUGGCGCAAGGAGGAGCCAUGGCCAUUGAGGAUGCUGUAUCUUUGGGAGUGAUGCUAUCUAAAGGUGUCACUUCUGUUGAAGUGCCCGAGCGUUUGAGGCUUUAUAAUAAAGCACGCUAUGGUAGAGCCACAGCCAUUCAAAAUUUUAGUCGCAUUGUUGGUAACGAUGUAUUCGAAUACAUCAAUUACGGCCUUAGCCACGAUGAACACGACGCCUCCACUCAGGUGCUCAGGGAGCAUCAAUGGUCGCAGUGCCCGAAGCUUUACUGGCGCCAGCCAACGGUCUUCGGACCAAUGCCUGGACCACGACAGGACUUUAGGGGCAACCCGGAGAUAAGAGACCUAUCGACUACUCGAACGGCCAGAAUAACUUUCAAAACGAGCGCUACCCUGCUUCGAAAUAUGCUGCCUAGCAAAGCUUAUAGUUUUGCUGUAGGUGACACCGUCGCGACAGCUAGCCUGUCCGUUCAAUCACUUAACAAGCUCGACUGGCUUGGCGGUGGCAGCUAUGACUUGAUCAUGUUCCAAAUACACGGUGUAAAGCAUACAGCACCAGACGGCUCGGUCAUCCACGGCAGGUUUUGUCCUGUGUUAUUUGAAAACCUGGCAGAUCCCAUCUUGUCUGGUCGCGAGGAGCUGGGAUGGCCGAAGCUGUUUUCUGAAAUCGACAUCCAAACGCCUUCCGAAAAUUCGUACGAGGUGACCGUAGCAUGGAGGGGUGCAAAAUGGGCGUCAUUCUGGUUACAUGGACUCCGCGACGAACUCGAGAGCAACAAAGAUGGCAAGACACCUACAGUCCCAGACGAUGGCCUGCUAGUCCACAAGUUCCUACCCACAACAACUGACCAGCCGCACCAAAGCAAAGCGGAUUCCAACUACGACGUCUUCAUUCCUGAUCUUCCCGCAAAGACAACAACAGCAGACACAAAUAAUGACAACAGCAACCAGAGCUCGUUUGUUCCAACUCAAACAUCAUGUCAAGUUUCGUCACAGGCAGGAUUCAGAAUAUUUCCCCUUGGCCAGAGGGAGCUGCCUACGCUAUAUCACAUUGUCGAUCGUCUGGCAGAAGUUCCCAUUUUUGAGGUCACGGACGCACGGCUGUGGACGGAACAAGGUGUGAGAAAUCUCUCGGACGCACGGAGGAUUGGUUGA